GGGUGGCGAUAUUUUCUAUGUUUGUCAUCCUUCCUCGGUGGUUUUGCACAACAGUCAUCCAACAUGGCGGCCCACAGGAUAGCAUGUUCGGGGUUAAAUGCCCUUUAUUCUUCUGUGUGCGCCCCAAAGCAGGCCAUUAGAAGCUGCUGGGGGAUGAUGGAGCAGGUGAGGAGUUACUACGUUGACUGGAGGAUGCUGAGGGACCUCAAGCGAAGACAGAUGGCCUUUGAUUAUGCGGAUGAAAGGCUACGGAUCAAUGCCCUAAGGAAGAAUAGCAUCCUGCCCAAAGAACUCCAGGAGGUGGCAGAUAAAGAAAUCGCAGCACUACCACGGGACAGCUGCCCUGUUAGAAUACGCAACAGGUGUGUGAUGACUUCAAGACCUCGAGGAGUGAAGCGAAGAUGGCGACUGAGCAGGAUCGUCUUCCGUCACUUAGCUGACCACAACCAGAUGUGCGGUAUUCAGAGGGCGAAAUGGUGAUCCAUGAAAAUACAUCUGGACUGGUUCAUGAUGAAUCAAAAUUGGAGGACAUUUUCUUUGAAACAGACUUGCUUAGGCCUUUUAGUGUCUGGAAUCUCUGGAGGUAGAGCAGUUCCACCAAGACCUGCUAGGGAAAGGAAGGUGAUUGUUUUAAAAGUGAAUCUACAGUGAUGACUGCAGCACAUUUUCAGUGUUAUGUCUAUGCUGAGUAGUCCUAUAUCCAUUCUUCAAUCUUGAAGUCUCCUUCUGUUUGUUCUUUUUCUUGCUCUUAUUCGUGUGAAAAAUAUCCAAAUACAUAAUUUAAGAGUAAAUGACACUGUUAACAGAAGCAAAUGCCCAUGAAUAGUGUUAUACUCAGAAAUGUAUGAAUAAAUACUGUUAUACACAAAUAA